AUGUCGGAUAGCGAGUCCGUUAAGAAAAUGUUGAGGUCUGUUCUUCAGUCCAGCAAGGCCGGCGUGUCUGUGAGCAGCCUCCAGUCAGAGUACCGCUCGCUGUGCGGAGAGAGCAUCCCGCUAAAGAAGCUGGGCUACUCAAAACUUGAGGACUACCUCAAGAGCAUCCCCUCUGUUGUCCGCCUGGAGUACAGCAAGGGUGAGUUGAGAUGCUUUGCAACAGUGUGUCAAGAGACGGCCCACAUUGCUCAGCUGGUGGCCAAGCAGCGGAGCUCCAAGAAAUCUGGCUGCUCCCAAGUCGUCAACUGCAGGAUGAGAUUCAAACCUUCCAAGCCUCAACUGCUCAGCAUGAGGCCAAGGUCCUCUCUCCGCCAACCUUCAGCUGGUAGUGCCUCCAACUGGCUUGCAAACCGUACUCAGUCCCAUGGCGGGUACAGAGGCUUCAGUGCCUCAGGAGACUACAGGCAGUUGGAUCAGAGGUUAAGCUGCAUCACCCCUGUUGAACACAGACAGCCGGCUCCUCCACCACCUGUGAAACAGGGUGCCAUGCCUGACAGGAAGGAGAAGAGCUUUGCAAAGCACCAGGAGCCACCAGAGAAGCCUCCUGAACGAGUCUUCCGACCCAACCAUUCCCAGUCUUCCCUGUAUAGUGUGGAGCUGGAGCAGAACAGAUUAAUUCAGCUCCUAGAGAAAUACUGCAGUGGAUUGUGGAUGUCAAAACUACCAGAGGUCUACAGUCAGAUGUUCAGUCAGCAGCUCCACCCUCAGGUGCUCAUAGAUCUGGAAAAGUGGACACGCAUCUGUACGGUGGAUAAACCUGCCAACACCCACCGAGCUGACUGCCUCAUCUACCCUCCUCUGCCUCCUACGCCUUUCACUGUCUCUACAAGUGGCAAUGCCCCUCCAACAUCACCCACCAGUUCAAGCACCAUCACACCCAUUUCUUCGCGUCCUUCAACACUUGAACAACCUUGCACGCCUGUCUCUCCUUCCCUUGCUCCUAAACCUAAAGUUUCCCCCCAGAACCCUUUGGUUAGGCCCACCUUCGUUUUUCCUCCACAAGCUGUAGCCGCCUCUUCAGGCAAGCCGUGGUCCUCGGUCAAGUUGCGUAGCCCUGACAGCAGCCCUGCUGUUGCUCCCUGGGUCAAUUUUGCAGUCAAUGCCAAUGGUGGAUGUAAAGGUAACAACAACUUGCCCACAACAACCCUCAGCAACAAAAAAAACACUCCACCCUUAGCUCCUACCUGGAAUUCCCCUCCAUCAACCAAUGCUCCUCGAUUGGCUUCCUCCCAUCAACCUGACCCUGAUAGUUCACCUCUUUUGAAGGUUACCCUCUUCUCUCAUUCUGCCCCUUGUCCUCCCUUAAAGUCCCCUGCUGUCGUUGUGUCGUCUGAGGUGCUCCAGAGAAUAAAGGAGCUUCUGUCCAAGUACAGUCAGGGUCUGUGGGCCCAUGCUUUGCCCAAACUCUUUAUGGACACAUACAAGACGCCAUUCCCUGAACAUAUUCUGGACAACUUAUCUCUUUUGCUGGAUAUAUGCACUGUGGAGUACCCCAUGCCACAUGACAAAAAGAGGGCCAUCCUGUAUUAUAUGAGCAGAGCAGACAUGGAAACCACAGACAGCCCACAAAGCCAGCGGUGUAGAAGCCACCCCCUUCCCUCUGGUGUGGAGGUCCUUGACCCUGUGUUGCCUCCCUCCCUGGUUCUUCCCUCAGAGCAGUACCCCUCUGUGCUGAUUACUGAUGUGAAGAGCAGCAAUGCUGUCACUAUAAGGUAUGUAGGUGAGAACUACUCCAAUGCCCAGGAGGCCAUGGAGGAAACCAUGCACUACUUCUACGACCAAAGCUCCACCCACCGUCCUUUGUUGGACCCUCUUCUUGGUCAGCUGGUAGCAGUCAGGGGGGAGGAUGGAGAGGAGUGGACCAGAGCUCAGGUCAUGAAGGUUGUGGACCCUAACAAGGUCAAGGUGUACUAUGUAGACUAUGGCCUCACUGUGGAAGCCAGUAAGUCUGAUCUGCUGGAGUUGCACCAGGACUUCCUCUCUCUGCCAUUCCAGGCUACAAAUGUUAGACUUGCAGGUCUAGAGGCAUUCAGCUCCCAUCCACUGGUGCUGUCCUCCCUAGACAAGUUGGCAGUCGGAAAGAUCCUGCUGAUGGAGACAUUAGAGCCAUAUCAGCAGAAUGAGACGCCCAUGACAGUACUAUAUGACACAUCGCAGGAUGAUGACGUCAACAUCAACUCCACCUGCCUGAAGGCUCUACAGGACAAGACCAUGAACAACCCUCUGACUGUAAAUGCUACCUAUCAGGAUGUGUGUGUCACAAAUGUGUGUGCAGAUGGUAUCAUCUACUGCCAGCUGCCCUCCAGAGGAAAUUUAAGACUCAAGAAAUUACUGAAGGAAACAGAGGCCAUCUUCGCUGCUCAGAUGACAUCUGAGUCCCUGGUGUCCAGACCUUUCAGUGGCAAGUUCUGUCUAGCCCGCUACAAAGGAAAGUGGUCCAGAGUGGAGAUCACCAACAUGUACGGUAAUAGAGUGAUGGAGAUCCUCUUCAUUGACUUUGGUGUCCCGGCAACUGUAGAAGUCACUGAUCUUCGAGAGAUCCCUCCUGUUUUAAAUAAGGACUUGAUCAUCAUCCCACCACAGGCUGUCAAAUGUCGCCUGGCUGACCUCACAGUUCCAGAGGCAGACUGGAGCCCAAAGGCUGUUCUGUGGAUGAAGGAGGCUGUCCUGGGCUCCCAAGACUGCAAAAUUAAGGUCUUGAAAUUAGACCAGCACAAAGGGGACUUGCUGGUCUAUAUGUACCUCUUUAUUGGCACUGACAGUCAGGAGCUGGACAAGAGUGUCAACCAUCAGCUGGCCCAGUCAGAGUUGUGGCACAAACUCACAACACAGAACAACAACAACACAAUCACCAGCUCCAACAGCAGCGUGGAUACAGGUAAUAAGUUGACUUUGGGCAGUGCUGUCUCAAACUCCAUCAAGGCCUCAACCCGAUCACUCCCAGAUACGACCACCGAAACUGGGAUUCAACAACUCCCAAUGCCUCCCCUGCUGGAGCUCCCUCAGCCUGGCCAGAAUAUGGAUGUGUUUGUGCCAGUGGCCUGCCACCCCGGUUACUUUGUGCUGCAGAAAUGGCAGGAACUGCACAAGCUGGUGGUGUUGAUGGGAGAGAUGAUUCUCUAUUACAACCGGAUGUGGAAGAUCAACACAGCCACACACAUCCGGAAAGGAGAGGUCUACGCUGCCAAAAUAGACAAUAAUUGGCACCGCGUGCAGGUGAAGGGGAUUCUGGCCAAUGGGUUGGUUUCUGUCUACGAGUUGGACCACGGCAAGCAUGAGUUGGUCCCCAGUACUCUGCUCCGGCCUCUGAUAGAUGAGUUCAGACAGCUGCCCUUCCAGGCUAUUACUGCACAACUGGCAGGUGUGACACAGCACCAGUGGUCAGAGGAGGCCUGCAUUUUAUUCAGGAACCACGUGGAGGAUCGAGCGCUGGUUGCCCUGGUGGAGAGUGUGCAGGAGGUGUCGCAGGUUAAAGAUGAGCUGCUGGAACGCAGGUUGACAGUUUACCUGGUGGACACUGCAUUGGAGGACAGAGACCUUUGGAUUCACAGAAUCAUGGUCGACAUCGGCGGUGAGCUGUCUACAGCAGCCUAG